UUCCGGCGGCGCCCGGCUAGUUGCGGGAGUAGAGUCUGAGGCACGCGAGUCGACUUCCUCGUGCCGGAGUCGAUGUCCAGGGGAUCUCAGCCCAAAGUGUGGGUGAGCCUGCGGGGGGCCUCCGCCAGUGGCCGGGCCGCGGAAAGCAGUUGCCGCCUCGUCCCACUUCUCCGCUGAGGCGUCGCGCGGCCGGGCAGCGGACCCAGGCCUCAGCCUGCGCCCAGGGCCUCCGGGGCCGACCCGGGCUCAGCAUGCCCGGGGUGAAGCUGACCACCCAGGCCUACUGCAAGAUGGUGCUUCACGGAGCCAAGUACCCGCACUGCGCCGUCAAUGGACUGCUGGUGGCUGAGAAGCAGAAGCCGCGCAAGGAGCACUUGCCCUUCGGCGGCCCGGCCGCCCAACACACACUCUUCGUGGACUGUAUUCCCUUGUUCCAUGGCACCCUGGCCCUCGCCCCAAUGCUGGAGGUGGCGCUCACCCUGAUUGAUUCAUGGUGCAAAGAUAAUAGCUAUGUGAUUGCUGGUUAUUAUCAAGCUAAUGAACGAGUAAAGGAUGCCAGUCCAAACCAGGUUGCGGAGAAAGUGGCCUCCAGAAUUGCCGAGGGCUUCAGCGAUACAGCUCUCAUCAUGGUAGACAACACUAAGUUUACGAUGGACUGCGUGGUACCUACGAUCCAUGUGUACGAACACCAUGAAAACAAAUGGCGGUGCAGAGACCCACACUAUGAUUACUGUGAAGACUGGCCAGAGGCCCAGAGGAUCUCAGCGUCACUCCUGGAUAGCCGGUCCUAUGAAACGCUCGUUGAUUUUGACAACCACCUCGAUGACAUUCGGAAUGACUGGACAAAUCCAGAGAUCAAUAAAGCUGUUCUGCACCUGUGUUAGGGAGGGAUUUCAUUGACUAGUCUCUAGGCAUUUCCACUAGGCUGAAGAAAAAAAGCUAUUUUUAAAUGUAAAUAAAAAAUCUCAUUGCCUGUGUGGAAAGCUGACAGUUUUCAGAAGUGGCUGUGUGCCUUGAGAGAGGGCAGAAUGUCUCAUCAGUCGUCUUUUUAAUGUAGAAUCUCUAGAAGAGGUACGGACUGUCCAAUCUGACCAUCCCUGUGGAGUUCUUCCCAGUUGUAUGUUGCCAUAAUCCUCCCAAUCAAAGCUGUUUCUGCUUGUCCAAGAUUGUUCCUAUUAAACAAUUUUAACUAACCUUU